AUUUUUAUUUUUUUUUAAUUUUUAUUUACUUAUGAUAGUCACACACACAGAGAGAGAGAGAGGCAGAGACACAGGCAGAGGGAGAAGCAGGCUCCAUGCACCAGGAGCCCGACGUGGGAUUCGGUCCCGGGUCUCCAGGAUCGCGCCGUGGGCCAAAGGCAGGCGCCAAACCGCUGCGCCACCCAGGGAUCCCCUAUUUGUCCUUUUUUUAAAACAGAUUUGAGAGAGUGCGUGUGCAGGAGAGCACAAGGUGAGGAGGGAGCAGAGGCAGUGGGAGAAGCUGAGCAGGGAGCCCCACCUGGGACUGGGUUCCAGGACUCCAGGGUCACGACCUGAGCUGAAGGCAUGCUUAACCAACUGAGCCACCCAGGCACCCCAAUAUUUAUCCUUUUUGCUCUGGUUUACUUCACUCAGCAUAAUAUUUUCAAGUUCAUUGAUAUUGCAGCAGGUGUCAGAGUUCCCUUCUUUUUUUUAUUUUUUAUUUUGACAGGUGAAUAAUAGCCCGUGGCAUGCAUUUGCCACAUCUUGUUUAUCCAUUCAUCCAUGAUACACAUUUGCUUUGUUUCCACCUUUCGGCUUUUGUGAAUGACAUAGUUAGGAACACUGGUGUGCUCUCAUUUUCUUUUCCAUGAAGGUUGGCCCGUGACUGAGUCUUGCAAAGUCUGGGGCCAAACUGGGCCCAAACUGCGCUGUGGGUGAAUCCGCUCUUGCGAGCCCCCAUACCACAUUCCAGGCUCUCCUUUGCAUUUCUUGAACGGCUCAAAGGCAUCCAUAUCCGGCUUCACACAAGACAGACCUGAACUCUUCGCUUCCCCUGGCGUUUCUCCGCUUUACACCCCAUCUAGGCGUUCUUCUCCCCUCCCUGCGAGGGGACACGUCCGUGUCUGAGUCCCCGGCCUUUCAGACCGAACCGAGCGUUCCAGUCUCCAACCACUCACUUCUUUGCCCCAAAGCUCUGCACUUGGGAUAAAAACCCUUUGCUGUCUUCUCAGCCCCAUGUCCUACCCAGCCCGGGGGUCUCUCCUUCAGGGCUCAGUUUCCAAGUCACCUCUCUAGGGCGGCCCACCUGCCACGCUAGCUCUAUCAGAGCACCUGCCUCUCCCCUCUCUGUCCUUCCGCUCCACUUGGGACUUCAAGCUUCUGGGUGAGUUCUCUAACGCCCUUCCCACGAGAUAGGAGCGCCGAGGCGAGGCGGAAGGCAGGCCCGCAGGUCCCCCCGGCCGGCCGGGAAAGGAAAACCAGCUCGCGCCGGCUUCGCAGCUACGUGCAGGAAAACUAUCACUCCCAGAAACCCUUUCUCCGGGGGCUGGAGAGUCGCCCUCCACGCCCUUCCUGCGGAGGAGACUGAGCAUGCGCAACGGCCACUGCGGUUAGCCCGCAAGGCUGCGCGGGCGGGGACUGCAUCUCCCAGGAGGCCCUGCGUGCAAUUUUCAUCGCCGCGUGACGAGCGGCUUCCGGCGCGGAGGGGCGGGGCGCGCGGCUGAGGCAGCAGCUGGGGCAGCCAGGGGAGCGGCCGGGUGGCCGGCGGGCGCCAGCCGCCAUGGAGGCCGUGCCCCGCAUGCCCAUGAUCUGGCUGGACCUGAAGGAGGCCGGAGACUUCCUCUUCCAGCCGGCCGUGAAGAAAUUUGUCCUAAAAAAUUAUGGAGAGAACCCAGAAGCCUACAAUGAGGAACUGAAGAAGCUGGAGUUGCUCAGACAGAAUGCUGUCCGUGUCCCACGGGACUUUGAGGGCUGCAGUGUCCUCCGCAAGUACCUAGGCCAGCUCCACUACCUGCAGAGUCGGGUCCCCAUGGGCUCAGGCCAGGAGGCUGCUGUUCCUGUCACUUGGACUGAGAUCUUCUCUGGCAAGUCUGUGGCCCAUGAGGAUAUCAAGUAUGAGCAGGCCUGCAUUCUCUACAACCUUGGGGCGCUGCACUCCAUGUUGGGGGCCAUGGACAAGCGGGUGUCUGAGGAGGGCAUGAAGGUCUCCUGUACUCACUUCCAGUGUGCAGCAGGCGCCUUCGCCUACCUGCGUGAGCACUUCCCUCAUGCCUACAGCGUUGACAUGAGCCGCCAGAUCCUCACUCUCAAUGUCAACCUCAUGCUGGGCCAGGCUCAGGAGUGCCUUCUGGAGAAGUCAAUGUUGGACAACAGGAAGAGCUUUCUGGUGGCCCGCAUCAGUGCACAGGUGGUGGAUUACUACAAGGAAGCAUGCCGGGCCUUGGAGAACCCCGACACCGCCUCACUGCUGGGCCGGAUCCAGAAGGACUGGAAGAAGCUUGUCCAGAUGAAGAUCUACUACUUUGCAGCUGUGGCUCAUCUGCACAUGGGAAAGCAAGCUGAGGAGCAGCAGAAGUUCGGUGAGCGGGUCGCGUACUUCCAGAGUGCCCUGGACAAGCUCAAUGAAGCCAUCAAGUUGGCCAAGGGCCAGCCUGACACUGUGCAAGAUGCAUUGCGCUUUGCAAUGGAUGUCAUUGGGGGCAAGUACAAUUCUGCCAAAAAGGACAAUGACUUCAUCUACCAUGAGGCUGUCCCAGCACUGGACACCCUUCAGCCUGUAAAAGGUGCGCCCUUGGUGAAGCCCUUACCAGUGAACCCCACAGACCCAGCUGUUACGGGCCCUGACAUCUUUGCCAAACUGGUACCCAUGGCUGCUCAUGAAGCCUCAUCACUGUACAGUGAGGAGAAGGCCAAGCUGCUUCGGGAGAUGAUGGCCAAGAUUGAGGACAAGAAUGAGGUCCUGGAUCAGUUCAUGGAUUCAAUGCAGUUGGACCCUGAGACUGUGGACAACCUUGAUGCAUACAGCCACAUCCCACCCCAGCUUAUGGAGAAGUGUGCAGCUCUCAGUGUCCGGCCAGACACCGUCAGGAACCUUGUCCAGUCCAUGCAGGUGCUGUCAGGUGUGUUCACGGAUGUGGAGGCCUCCCUGAAGGACAUCCGGGAGCUGCUAGAGGAGGACGAGCUGCUUGAGCAGAAGUUCCAGGAGGCCUUGGGGCAGGCUGGGGCCAGCCUGGCAGGCUCCAAGGCAGAGCUGGCUGAGGUGAGGCGCGACUGGGCUAAGUACAUGGAGGUCCAUGAGAAGGCCUCAUUCACCAAUAGCGAGCUGCACCGUGCCAUGAAUCUGCACGUCGGCAAUCUGCGCCUGCUCAGCGGGCCACUGGACCAGGUCCGGGCUGCUCUGCCCACGCCAACCCUCACCCCUGAGGACAAGGCUGUGCUGCAGAACCUGAAGCGCAUCCUGGCCAAGGUGCAGGAGAUGCGGGACCAGCGUGUGUCCCUGGAGCAGCAGCUGCGUGAGCUGAUCCAGAAGGAUGAUAUCACGGCCUCCCUGGUUACUACGGAUCACUCAGAGAUGAAGAAGCUGUUUGAGGAGCAGCUGAAGAAGUACGACCAGCUGAGGGUAUACCUGGAGCAGAACCUGGCGGCCCAGGACAAUGUCCUGAGGGCGCUGACGGAGGCCAACGUGCAGUAUGCAGCUGUGCGGCGGGUGCUCAGUGAACUGGACCAAAAGUGGAACUCCACACUCCAGACCCUGGUGGCCUCCUACGAAGCCUAUGAGGAUCUGAUGAAGAAGUCGCAGGAGGGCAAGGACUUCUAUGCGGACCUGGAGAGCAAGGUGGCUGCUCUCCUGGAACGGGCCCAGUCCACCUGCCAGGCCCGCGAGGCUGCCCGCCAGCAGCUCCUGGACAGGGAGCUGAAGAAGAAGCCACCCCCUCGGCCCACAGCCCCAAAGCCACUGCUGCCCCGGAGGGAGGAGGGCGAGGUGCUGGAGACAGGAGACCUGCCUGAGGAGCUGCGCAGCCUGCCCCCUGAAAUGGUGGCUGCUCCCCGGCCACCUGAUGCCUACUUGGCUGCUGCUGCCGUCCUCCGUUUUCCUCCUAGCCCCUUCCCCAGCUCUGUGGGCCCAGGACCCCACUAUCUUUCAGGCCCCUUACCUCCAGGUGCCUACUCAGGCCCCACCCAGGGCUUGCAGCCCAGGCCCCCCCAGGCCCCAGGCCCCCCUGCUGUGGUCCUGGCCCCUGGUCCUGCUCUCUACCCUGCCUCUGCCUACACUCCAGAGUUGGGCCUUGUGCCCCGGUCGUCCCCACAGCACGGUGUGGUAAGCAGUCCCUAUGGGGGGGUAGGACCACCCCCGCCAGUUGCAGGUCUGCCCUCUGCCCCUCCUCCCCAGUUCUCAGGCCCCGAGAUGGCCCUGGGGGUUCGGCCAGCCACUACCACUGUGGAUAGUGUCCAGGCCCCCAUCUCCAGCCACACUGCUCCACGGCCAAACCCCAGCCCCGCUCCACCCCAGCCCUGCUUCCCAGUGCCCCCACCACAGCCGCAGCUGCUGCCCACACCCUACACCUACCCUAUGGGGGCCAAGCCGCCUCUCACAGCUCCCCCUGCCCAGCACCACUUUGCUCCUGGGAUUCCCCCAGCUUUUCCGGCCCCCAGGGUUGGGCCCCAGCCCCAUCCCACAGGAGUGGCAUUCACACCCCAGCCCCCCCAGCAGCCCCUUCCGCUCCAGCAUCCGAACCUCUUCCCACCCCAGGCUCAGGGGCGGGUGCCCCCACAACCCCCCUACCCUUUUGCUCCUCAGCCUAGUGUCCUGGGACAGCCCACACCGCCUCUGCACACCCCUCUCUACCCAGGCCCCUCUCAGGACCCUCUGCCCCCCCACUCGGGGGCUCUGCCCUUCCCUAGCCCCGGGCCACCUCCGUCUCCCCAUCCCACCCUGGCGUAUGGUCCUGCCCCGGCCCCUAGACCCCUGGGCCCUCAGGCUACCCCGCUCUCCAUUAGAGGUCCUUCACCUGCUGGCCAACCUGCCCCUACCCCCCACCCAGUGCCUUCACCUGCCCCGUCACCAGGGCCCGGCCCAGUGCCACCUCGGGCCCCUGCAGCAGAGCCGCCCCCAUGUGUGCGCCGGGGCCCUGCAGCUGCAGACCUGCUAUCCUCCAGCCCGGAGAGUCAGCACGGGGGCACACAGCCUCCUGGGGGUGGGCAGCCCCUGCUGCAGCCCACAAAGGUGGAUGCGGCCGAGGGCCGCCGGCCACAGGCCCUGCGGCUGAUUGAGAGGGACCCCUACGAGCGCCCCGAGAGGCUGCAGCAGUUGCAGCGGGAGCUGGAGGCCUUUCGAGGCCAGCUGGGGGACACUGGGGCACUGGACGCCAUGUGGCGGGAGCUGCAGGACGCACAGGAACAUGACGCCCGUGGUCGCUCCAUCGCUAUCGCCCGCUGCUACUCGCUCAAGAACCGGCACCAGGACGUCAUGCCCUACGACAGUAACCGUGUGGUGCUGCGCUCGGGCAAGGACGACUACAUCAAUGCCAGCCGCGUGGAGGGGCUCUCGCCCUACUGCCCGCCCUUGGUGGCCACCCAGGCCCCGCUGCCCGGUACUGCUGCCGACUUCUGGCUCAUGGUGCAUGAACAGAAGGUGUCCGUCAUUGUCAUGCUGGUGUCGGAGGCUGAGAUGGAGAAGCAAAAGGUGGCACGUUACUUCCCUGCUGAGCGGGGACAGCCCAUGGUACACGGUGCCCUGAGUGUGGCACUGAGCAGCGUCCGUGCCACCGAGACCCAUGUGGAGCGGGUGCUGAGCCUGCAGUUUCGGGACCAGAGCCUCAAGCGCUCACUUGUGCACCUCCACUUCCCCACCUGGCCUGAGUUGGGCCUGCCGGACAGCCCUGGCAACCUGCUGCGCUUCAUCCAGGAGGUGCAUGCACACUGCCUGCAUCAGCGGCCCCUGCACACACCAGUCGUCGUGCACUGCAGCUCUGGGGUGGGCCGCACGGGAGCCUUUGCACUGCUCUAUGCGGCGGUGCAGGAGGUGGAGGCCGGGAACGGGAUCCCUGAGCUGCCUCGGCUGGUGCGGCGCAUGCGGCAGCAGAGGAAGCACAUGCUGCAGGAGAAACUGCACUUGCGGUUCUGCCACGAGGCGGUGGUGAGACACGUGGAGCAGGUCUUGCAGCGCCAUGGCAUGCCCCCUCCAGGCAGAUCGUCAGCUGGCACAAGCGUCAGUCAGAAGAAUCACCUUCCUCAGGACUCCCAGGACCUGGUCCUCGGCGGGGAUGUGCCCAUUAGCUCCAUCCAGGCCACCAUCGCCAAGCUCAGCAUCCGGCCUCCCGGGGGCCUGGAUUCCCCGGCUACCAGCCUCCCAGGCCCUGUAGAGCCCCCAGGCUUGCCACCAGCCAGCCUCCCAGAGUCUGCCCAGCUCCCAUCCUCCUCCCCACCCCCUCUCCCUUCACCUCUGCCCGAAGCCCCCCAGCCUGAGGAGGAACAGCCAGUACCUGAGGCCCCCAGCGUGGGGCCCCCCUCCUCCUCCUUGGAGCUGUUGGCCUCCCUAACUCCCGAGGCCUUCUCUCUGGACAGCUCCUUGCGAGGGAAGCAGCGCAUGAGUAAGCAGAACUUUCUGCAGGCCCAUAAUGGGCAGGGCCUACGGGCUGCCCGGCCCACUGAUGACCCUCUCAGCCUUCUGGAUCCGCUCUGGACGCUCAACAAGACCUGAAGAGGCUUUGCCUGCCCGGUCCGGUCCUUACACUACAUCAUCUCCCCCGCUGGUCUGCCCACCCUAGGAGGGCCUCUCCAGCGGGCCUGGUCUCUUACUCCCAUUCCUGCUGCCUUCAGCCCUGCCUGGCCCAGCCCGCACCCCUGUGGGGUGGAGAUGCCUUGCGGGCCUUGGGUCAGGUUCUCCUUUGUGGGACCUGACAUUUUUCAGCUCUUUGCUAUUAAAAGUAAUCAACCUGUUCUGUG